UAUUGCAAUAAAUAAUCCAUACAUGUAAAACAUCACAUUUUAUCAUAACAAGUAGUAGAAGUCAAGUCAACCACCAUGGACCGUCGUACCUACUGGUGUCACCAAUGUGACAUGAGCAUUUCCUUAAUCCCAACAACCUUAACCACCAUAACUUCUUGUCCUCAUUGCACUUCUGAUGUCCUAGCUGAACUUGAUUCCCCAAUCACUUUCAAUACCCAAAACAAUGACACAACAACUUUGAUCUUUGAUAGCCCAUAUUUUCACCAUGUAAUAAACCAGUUAUUUAACAACAAUUUUGAUCAUGAUGACAAUACUAAUAAUAAUGAUCAUUUGUCGAAAGGAGAUAAUAUAAAAGGUAUAAAGUCAGUUAAGAUAACAAAAGAGGUACUUGGAAAUGACCAUGUUGUUAUAUGUGCUAUUUGUAAGGAAAUGUUUGAGAUUAAUGAUGAUGUUAAAGAGUUGCCUUGUAAGCAUAUGUAUCAUCCUAGUUGUAUAAUUCCGUGGCUUUUGAUACGUAAUUCUUGUCCUUUAUGUCGGUACGAGAUUCCGGUUCAAGAAGAAGAAGAAGAGGAAAAGGAGUUGAAGGUUAGAAGGAGGUCGAGUUCUAGCUUAUUGAGAGCAGAGGUUUUUAUGGAUGAGGAACAUGAUACUAUUGGUGAAGAGGAAUUAUUCGGGUUUGGGUUGAGGCAUUUUGCUAGGAGAAACCGGGUUAUUUUACCCAUGAGGCAUAAUGAUGAGUUGCCACAAAUGCAAGUUGAUGAGGAGGAGGUUGAGGUUGGUGAUUCGGGCACAACAGGCAAUUUGGAUAAUGGGUCAAGUUGGCCGAAUUGGCCUGUUGUUGAUGGAGAUGAGAUUGCAAUGGGUAAUGCUAGAGUUAAUGAUGAUUUUGGUGUUAUUAUAUCUUGAGCAAUCCAAAAAAAGGAUCCUUUGUGGAUAAAAUUAAGAGUUGCAGAUUAUAUAUAGGGUGGUUCUUACGGUUCCAAAGUACCUUACCAGCAUGAAAAUUUAACCAAGUGUAAAAAUCUGCUGGUAUUGUAUGCUUACAUUUUCUUUCCGCUUUUUUACUGAGCCAAAGGCGCAGAUGACUUCUUUAAUGCUAAACAUUUUGCGUUAGACUUUUCUGUAAUAAAGGUUAAAUAGCCCUUUCUCUUUUAAAUAAUGGGCAUGUUUGUGCUCUUUGUAUUCCCCAAAAUGUAAUGUAGACUACUGUGGUUUAUGGGUGUUA